CAUUCCCCGUUUGAUCUGAAUCAAAUUUUGUUGUUGAUUUCUGAUCGUGUUUGUGAGAAAUGGCGUCGAGUGUUUUGAAGAACCUCAUCAGAUUUUCAUUGUCGUCGACCACCGCCACCGCCACCGCCACCACCACCAGAAAUUUCAGCCUCGUAGCCCCUCAAAUCGGCAACCACACCGCCAAAUGGAUGCAGGAUACGAGCAAGAAGUCUCCAAUGGAGCUGAUUAAUGAAGUGCCACCUAUUAAGGUUGAAGGAAGGAUAGUUGCUUGUGAAGGAGAUAACAAUCCCGCUCUUGGACACCCAAUUGAAUAUAUAUGCCUUGACUUGGCCGAGCCAGCUGUUUGCAAAUAUUGUGGCCUACGUUAUGUUCAGGAUCAUCACCAUUAGGACGUGCUGUCCACAUGUAUUCUGGUGUGUAUUUUAGGGGAUUGCUGCUGAACAUCAUUAAUGGUGUUUUCCGACUAAAUCAUGAUGUAACGAAUACACUUCUUUGCUACAAUUUGCUAAAUAAGAAUAUGACAAGAUUGUUCUUGUUAGUUGUUACCAUCUGCAAGUGAUGUGGAGUAAUUUGUAUGAAACUGGAGGUGCACCUCCAUUGAGUCAUUUUUUAAUAUUAGUAUAUCCUAGUUUUCAAA